AUGGCGCUGUUCAAACCGCCUUCGUGGGCGAAGCAGAGGGCAGAAACCAAGGACGAAGGCGAAAAGGACCUCUUCAGCCAUUCAAGCUCCUUCCUGUCGAUACAGGAGGAAUCCAUCGCACGUCAAAAGCGCCGCGCCGAGAAAGCGAGAGAGAAGGAAGAAGUUCGAAAGGAGAAGGAGGCAGCAAAGGAACAGAAGCAUUCCAGGAAGCGCAAAAGCGAAGAAGCCGAAUCUAAGAGUGGGCUCAAGAACAGACGCAUCAAUGCUGCAGACGGUGCAAAGCUACUGGCACAGGCCGGUCUCGGCAACGUCGUCAAUCUGGACAGUGACAGCGACGAAGCACAGCCGAUACGGGAGCCUGAGCUUCCUGUGAGGAGAUCGCCGCGAAGCCAGCGCACGAAGGACAUCUCCAGCCCAGCGAAGCACAAGAGCAGACUCAGCAGUACCAUAAACAUCCAGCAAGAGUCAGACGACGAUUUGCAAGUCACGGCCGUGUCGACGCGCCCUGCGCCUCCAACUCAACCAGACGACGAAGAGGACUCUGAUCCUGAGCUUGAUCCAGAGCUUGCGGCCGCGAAGCGCCGAGCACGCGCAAAGGCACGAUUGAAAGAGGAGCAGCAAUCAAAAGGCACACCAGACGUCGCAACCACCUCAGAUGGCGACAUCAAUCAGACUGCAACUCCUCCUGCACAAGACCCUCCAGUUCAGAUCUACAUCUACUCGCCUCUUCCCAACACCACUCCGCUUAUAGUAUAUCGGAAGCUGUCGCAGACGCUUCAGCCGGUCAAGGAUGCGUGGUUGACGAAGCAAGAUAUCGAUCGCGAGGUGGCAGACCGAAUCUUUCUCACCCAUUGCGGACGGAGGUUGUGGGACACUACGACUGUGAAGCGGUUGGGUCUUGAUGUGGAUAGUGAGGGAAGAGUCUUCUCAGUCGAUGACAGGAGUCGGGAAGGCGUGGAGAAGGUAGCUGUAGUGGCUGUGACUCCGGAGCUGUUUGAGCAGAUGAAGGAAGAGAGGGCAAAGCGGUCCAAGAUGGCCACGAGCGAAUUCGAGCCGGAAGUCCCAGAGGCCGAUGCUGCGCCGGAGGAAGGGGCGACACCGCAGGAGAUCAGACUGAUCGUGAAGGCAAAGGACAAGCCGGAGUGGAAAGUCAAAGUUACUUCAGUAAGUGUGCCCCCGCGUCCUUCGAAACAGACCGAAGCUAACAAUGCGGCAGACAACUCUCUUCUCCAAGAUACUGCGAGUUGCGAAGAAGAACCUUGGGAUACCACCAGAGCAGGAGGCUUACCUCGAGUACGAUGGCGAUCGCCUGGACCCCGAGGACGAGGUCGGGAGCACGGAUAUCGAAGACUUGUAUCGCAUCGAGCUAUACCUGAGCAAUUGA